AAGAAAUGUAUCUGUAUCACAUGGAAAGAGAAAUGAGUGUUUCUUGCACCCUCAGCAAAAUGUAGCUGGCCUCUUGUUUCUGAUUCCACUUUCUUCAAUCUUAAGGAUGUUUUGUGAUUGACGUGGAAAGAUGGCUCUUUUCCGCAAAUUUUUCUACCGGAAGCCGCCGGAAGGCCUCUUGGAGAUCUCUGAAAGGGUUUAUGUGUUUGAUUGCUGCUUCACUACGAAUGUUUUGGGUGGGGACGAGUAUGAGGCGUAUAUAGGGCGUAUCGCGGAUCAGCUACGCGAGUACUUCCCCGAUUCUUCGUUCAUAGUGUUUAGUUUUGGGGAUGGGGAUUACCAGAUAGAGAUCAGUAGUGUUCUAGCUCAGCAUGGCAUAACAGUGGUUGAUUACCCCAGCCAGAAUGCGAGCUGCCCGGUUCUCACGGUUGAGAUGAUCCACCACUUCCUCAGGUCGAGUGAGAGCUGGCUCUGCAUCGGGCAGAGGAACGUGCUCUUGAUGCAUUGCCAGAGUGGCGCCUACCCGGUGCUCGCCUUCAUGCUAUCAGCGUUCUUGAUAUAUAGGAAGCAGUACAGCGUGGAGAAGAAGACGUUGGAUAUGGUAUACAAGCAAGCCCCUCACGAGGCUUUGCACACGCUCUCGCCUAUCGACCCGUUGCCUUCACAGUUGAGGUAUCUGCAGUAUGUGUCCAGGAGGAAUAUAGGCACCCGUUGGCCCCCCUUGGACAGGGCUCUCACGUUGGACUGUGUCAUUCUUCGAGCCAUUCCCAAUAUGGACGGAAAGGGCGGUUGCCAUCCUAUUUUUAGGUUAUAUGGACCGGAUCCGUUCAUGGCUGCUGAUCCUAACACCAAGAUCCUGGAGCCCUCACAAGGUACCGUAGUGCACCACCCUCAGCAGUUGGGAUUACAGCUCUGCUAG